AUGAUUUUGUUCUGGUUCCCAGCGCCAUAUUUGAAAGUUUGUCACCGAAAUGAUCCGGACCUGAACGACUGCAUCAAGGAAAGCAUUAAUCUGUUAACACCUCAUUUAAAAGACGGCAUUGAGUCACUUCGAUUACCAGCCUUUGAACCACUAUGCUUGCCGGAAGUGGAGAUCAAUCAGGCUUCCGGUCCGAUUUACAUUCACUCGAAGUACACAAACAUCUCCAUAUUCGGUGGUACCGAUGCUGUACCGAAAACUGUCAAAGUCGACCUGGAUAAAAAUCUGAUGAGAUUGAAAUUCUACAUUCCACGGCUGAGAAUGAUCACGAAUUACGAUCUAACUGGAAGAAUAAUGAUGUUACCCAUCUCCGGAAACGGUAUGGGACACGGAAACUUCACGGAUAUUGACGUCAUCAUCACUCUCCAGAUGGAACGGUAUCGCAGCGAGGAAAUGGGCCAGUUUCAUCGACGCGUAAACGAUAUUUACGUGGACUUCGAGAUGGGCCAUGCCACAAUUUAUUUAGAUAAUUUAUUCGACGGCGAUCAGACACUCUCGGGGGCCAUGAAUCUUUUCCUGAAUGACAACUGGAGGGCAGUGAUCGCGGAGAUCAAACCGAAACUCGAGGAGACGAUCGGUGUUUUUAUUAAAGAUUUUACGAACAGGAUUUUCGCUGUGUUUCCGGAGGACGCGUUACUGUUACCCUGAUACCACGUCUGUAGAUUAGUUCUUAAAUAUUAACCCUUCCAUA